AUGUCCCACCACUGCCACGACGAACACACCCACUCCCACGGCGGCGACGACCACCCGCACAACCACGCCGAGCACGACCACUCGGACGACAUCGCCCCGGCCCUGCAGUUCUCCCUCUACCAGCACAUCCACUUCGACCAGGUCACGGCGCUCAACGAGGCCGAGCACGGGUCUGCCCGCGCCGUCGUGCGCAAGACGUGGGCGGAGCGGUUGAGUGCGGUGCCCGAGCUGGCGAGUGAUGUGGAUGAGGAGGUUUUGGUUAAUGUGCCACACAGCUUCACCGGGCAGGUCAAGCUGCACUCGAUCCUCCUGCGCACGUCGGACUCGGACUCGGCGCCCAAGACGAUGCGCGUCAUCAUCAACCGCGACGACGUCGACUUCGGUGUGGCCCAGGAGACCAGCGGGACCCAGGAGUUUGAGCUGAGCCGCACCGGGGAGGUGCAGGAGUUGGCUGUGCGCCGGGCACGGUUCAACGCCGUCCGUCGGCUGACGCUCUUCUUCCCGGACAACUUUGGCGACGGGGAAGAAGACGUCACGCGGAUUUCGUAUCUAGGGUUCAAGGGAGAGUGGAUGCAGCUGGGGAGGGCACCAACAAAUAUCCUCUACGAGGCGGCAGCAAACCCAGGGGAUCACAAGAUCAAGGGCACGAGCGUGAAUCAGAUGGGGAGUGGGAUCGGAGGGCGGGGGCCCGGUGUCUAG